AUGUCCUCGGCGGGUCCCAUCUUCGCGAUCCCCGUCUACGAGGAUUCCGGCUGCGACUCCGACGACCAAGACCACCACCUCGAGUCCAGCUUUGAUACUAUGUACGACGACGACGAUGACGACGAUGAUGCGACCACUCUUAAUCAUGCUCCCCAUGUCGCCCAGAUCCCUUCUCAGUACACCACUCAGACCAUGACGCCGCCCGGAUACCCCUUCUUUUCCUAUACCCACGACUACAUGCCCGCACCCGACUCAUCAGACGACGACGAGGAUAACGAUGGCGACGGUGACGUCGACAUGAGCGAUAGCGACGGGGGUGCGCCCCUCGGCUAUGGAGGAGGACCUCUGACAUUUACUACUCACGACUACCAAGGUCCACCGCCAUGGCCAACCAGCUCGAUGUUGAAUAUGCCCCAAACGCCAUACCAUCCUCACUCCGCGAUACCUCCGUCCUACGACCAAACGAAUCCUGCGAAUAAUACCGUUCCCAUUCCUGUGCCACCCUUUUCGUCCCCCUCCAACUCUCACACGAUACCCGAAACCGCAAACUCCUCUUUAAUAUCACCGCAUCUGCCUUUCGUUGCCGCUAUACCGCCUCAGCCAUUUACCCCCCCUCAAUUCUCCAGCUACAAUAAUAUACCGCCGUCGAACUACCCAUACAACCCCGCUCCCCCUCCCCCGCCUAAUGAUGAUCUCGAUACGGCCUUUCAGACCCCAAUCCCAUUUCCAACCCACCAACCUCAUAUGGUUACCCAGCUCGACGAAGAUGCCGAGGAAUUAGAGGGCCCGCACCCUCCUCCGGUGACCUCCUUCCACACAAACUCGGGCUUCCAAGGACCUCAGACACCGGGGAUCCUCGGUCCUCAGAACCCCGGCUUAGUUCCCUUUCUGCGCAAAUGGGCGCAUCCCGGGCUCUCCCUUUCCAACGACACGCGGCCGCGGUUCCGAAGCCCGUGGCUGCCCACUGUCAACGAACUGGAGAAUUCGCGUGUCAAGAGUGUGGACUACGAUGAUCUCAUGGGUGACCAGUGCGAUGUACAAGGCAUUGACUGGACGCAGCUCGGGGUGACGCGUAGGGAAGCCCGCGAGCGGCGGCUGAACACGUAUACCAAUUUUGUUAACGUAGAUGGUUCUGAUGCUUUCAACCCGAACCGCUCGGACAGGAUGCUUCAACGGAGCGAGAACUACUUUAGGUUCCGCCAAAUGCAUAUCCGAAAGAACGUUCGAUUAAAUCACUUCCAGCUCAGGAACAUCCUCGCCACCUCAUCUAGAGCCAAGUCCUUCUAUCCAGAGGCGCGGGGGAUUCGUCAGAUCAACCCCAUCACGGGUAAGGAUGAGCUUCUAAUGGACCUCAAGGACAUGGACGGAGGCGGCCUCGUAUCCACGCUAUCAGCGAACCGCCGCGUUCUGGUCGCCGGCACCUUUAACGGAGAAUACUGCAUAAAGAACCUUGAGUCGCGUGAGACGGGACAUGUGGAAGGGCAGCUUACCGACGACACGAGCGGCAUCACGACGCACGUUCAGGUGUAUGAAUCGCGUAACUCUUCCGGACCUCUAGCGGCGUUUGCUUCCAACGACCGCGGCUUCCGGAUAUUAGACGUAACAACGCAGAAGUUUGUCUUGCAGACCAUGUACAACUUCCCCGUCAACUGCACGGUCCUAUCGCCGGAUAAGCGCCUGCGCAUUAUGGUAGGCGACCACUACACGGCCGUAGUCACGAACGCCGAGACGGGCGAGGUCCUCCAGGAACUCAAGGGCCACCUCGAUUUCGGCUUCUCGUGCGACUGGGCCGACGACGGCUGGACGGUAGCGACGGGAUCGCAGGACAUGACGGUGAAGAUCUGGGACGCGCGGCGUUGGAGCAACGCCAACGGCGAGAACACGCCCGUGUGCACCAUUCGAUCAGAGAUGGCCGGCGUGCGUAACCUCAAGUUCUCCCCCGUCGGCAGCGGCAAGCGCGUGCUCGUCGCCACCGAGGAGGCCGACUUCGUCAACGUCAUCGACGCCCGGGACUUUUGGCGCAAGCAGACCUUUGACGUCUUUGGUGAGAUCGGCGGCGUCAGCUUCGCCGAUGAGGGUCGCGACCUGCAGGUUCUCUGCUGCGACGGCGCGCGUGGUGGGCUCUUGCAACUCGAGCGGUGCGAUCUCGGGGCCGAGGCGGCAGAGGCGGCUCUCUACGAUCCGCUGUUUCACCGGUUCCGCGGUUGGAGGCAUGAUCGGGACCGGCAUCGCGACGGGUUCGAUUGGGCACCGUCGGUGGAGGAGGUCGUUAGUCAUCCUCGGGCUACGGGGACGGUUACGAGGAGGAAGAGGAGGGCGGCUAUGUUGGAGCCUUUGGAACCCUUUUGA